AUGAAGGAUUGUCUCAUAAGACUGCCAACAUUGACGGCUCCAGUGAAAGGAGAACCCCUAGUAAUGUAUCUAUCAGCAUCCGAUAAAGCAGUUGGAGCAGUUCUGCUCGUGGACCGCCAAGGCGUUCAGACACCAGUUUGUUAUGUGUCUCGCACUCUGAACAAUCCAGAAACACGGUACGCCAUAAUGGAAAAACUAGUGCUGGCACUGAUUCAUGCAUCAAGACGGUUGCGCAGGUAUUUCGCCAAUCACGUCACUCAUGUGUUAACAAAUUACAACAUUAGCAACAUCCUUGCAAGGCCUGAGAUAUCCGGAAGAUUAGCAAAGUGGGCUAUAGAGCUGGGAGGCCAUAAUGUGGUUUUCAGACCAAGACCAGCAAUCAAGGGCCAGGUGUUGGCCGAUUUCAUGACAGAAGUACCUGACGACAAAGAUAGGGAGUGCAAGGCAACGGAGAAAGCUGAAAGGCAACAUACGGAAGAGCCAUGGCUAAUGUACACAGAUGGCGCAUCCAAUGAAGAUGGCGCAGGCGCAGGACUUAGGCUGGUAAGUCCAGACAAACACGAAUUCACGUACGCCAUCAGGCUAGACUUCAAAAGCACGAACAAUGAAGUUGAAUACGAAGCUUUUCUUGCCGGUUUGAGAUUGGCAAUCAAGAUGAAGUCAACACAUUCAGGCGCAUGUGGACUCCAUGUUAGUAGCCGGGCAAAUCAAUGGCCAAUACGACGCCAAAGGAGACGUGAUGCACUCUACUUGGACCAAGCAAAAACAUUGCUGCAUAACUUCUAUUCCUACAAGGUACACCAUAUCAACCGGAGGGAGAAUAAACCAGCAGACGCGUUAAGUAAACUCGCAUCCACAAGUUUCCAGCACCUAGCCAAGGAUGUGCGCAUUGAGGUUUUGAGCAACCCAUCGGUACCACUAAGAGAAGUAAGCGUUAUUCAACUAGGAACAACGUCGUGGAUGACUCCGAUAAUUCUGUAUCUCCAAUCUGGAGUACCACCAGAAAACAAAGCUGAAGCAAGAAAAGUGCAAUACAAAUCCGAACACUACCAGAUGGUCGACAGAAUUUUGUAUCGGAAAUCCUACUUAGGGCCGUUGUUAAGAUGCGUCGACCCAGAAGAUGCAAACUACCUGAUCCGAGAAGUACACGAGAGCAUCUGCGGCAUCCAUGCCGGCCCAAGAAUGGUAGUAGCAAAAGUGAUGAACGUCGGAUAUUACUGGCCUGGAAUGCAUCUAGAUGCAGUGAAAAUUCUGAGAAAAUGCAGCGGCUACCAGAGGCACGCCCCGAAAACGAUGCGCCCUAAAAAUGAACUAGUUCCAGUAACAACGGCGUGGCCGUUUCAACAGUGGGGGAUAGAUAUGGUUGACCCUUUUCCAGAAGCCCCUGGCACUGUGAAAUUCAUAAUAGUCGUAGUCGACUAUUUCACAAAAUGGGUGGAAGCAAAGGCACUCGCGUCAACCACAUCUACCGUAGUUAGGAGGUUUAUUUGGGAGCAGAUCAUAUGCCAUUUCGGGCAACCACUAAGAAUUAUCACCGACAACGGGACAAAUUUUGCUGCCGACGAUCUCCAACGCUGGUUCAAAGAGCUGCACAUAGAGCAUUCCUUUUCCUCGGUUGCGCACCCGCAGGGAAAUGGUCAAGUUGAAGCCGUUAACAAGAGCAUAGUGGAUGGUAUCAAAGCACGGCUGGGAACGCAACGAAGAGGUUGGGUUGAUGAACUACCAAGCAUAUUGUGGGCCCAUAGAACAAUGCCCAAGACGAGUAAUGGAGAAACACCGUUCAGCCUAGUCUAUGGGUCCGAAGCUGUGAUACCAGCAGAGAUCGGCCUACCAUCCCCAAGGAUGCUCUCCAUGAACAUGAUUAACAAUGAAGAAGAAAGAAGGUUGGAUCUAGACCUUCUAGAAGAGAGAAGGGAGAUGGCGGCAAUCAACAAGGCUAAAUACAAGACCAAAUUGGAGAAGUAUUACAACAGCAAGGUCCGCAUUUGCACGUUCAACCCCGGCGAUUACGUUCAAAGGGACAACGAGGCGUCUAACGCCGAAAAACCGGGCAAGUUAGCUCCCAAGUUGGAGGGGCCUUAUGUUAUAGAUGAAGUUUUGGGAAAAGGAGCAUACAAGCUACGCAUAUUGGAAAACAAGGAAGUUCCACGAGCCUGGAACGCCCAGCAAUUAAGAAAGUGCUAUAUGUAA